GGACUCCUUGGUCCGUGUUUCAAGACGGGUCGGGAGGAGUACCGACUCUUUGCACGCCGCGAAGGCCACGCGGGAGAGGGAAAGGGAAGCGCGGGAGCCAGCGAAUUAGGCUCGACCGCGGCCUCGGACCAGUCCCCCGUUCCCGGCAGGCCCCGGAGGAGAGACCGUCGGGGGGGCAAGACGAGGGCACCGGGGGAUCCCCGGACGGGCGCGCUGGAAAACGCCCCCCGCCCAACGAGGAGCGGAGGACGAACGCGCCGCCGGUUCCUACCAGGACCCGGGCCUCAGACGCCCGUGUGUCCCCAACGCGUCGCGGCGACCUACUGCGGGGGGAAGAUCGCCCGCCGGCGCCGGGCAGGCGGCGGGGGCCGCUCCCCGCGUUGGCUCCUUCGGCCGAGGCCUCCGGAACGGGAAGUCGCCACGCCCGCUGCCGUCUCCCGGCAGGCCGACGAACUGAAUCCCCCCAGUUCGAUCUUCGAAUCUCCGCCCGUUUAGCCUCUUAACGGUUUCACGUUCUCUUGAACUCUCUCUACAGGGUUCUGUUUCAACUUUCCCUCACGGUACUUGUUCGCUAUCGGUCUCGUGGUCAUAUUUAGCCUUAGAUGGAGUUUACCACCUGCUUUAGGUUGCGGUUUCAGGCAACCCGACUCUAAGGAGAGGCCCGUUCCGCACUCCCGAAACCCCCCUCCCCGCGAACGAGGAGGAGGAAGUCCCUUUCCGCCACACGGGCCUGACACCCUCCGUGGGUAUGAGAGUCAUUCAUGAACAACUUAGGCGGCUCGGAAGCGCGUGCAGGACCUCUCCCGAACGCAGCACCCCUCGAGCCCCCCGCGAAGGGGACGCGAGGCUUUGCGCUGGGCUCUUCCCGUUUCGGUCGCACUUACUCAGGGAA